AUGUAUGGCGCUAGAUUGAUGGUUAAAUGUACAAGUUGUAUUAAAAUAAAACUAUAAAGUAUAAAACGAAUUCAAGAAGACGGAGGACAAUCAAAAUUUAUAUUCAAUUCGAUUGAAACGUAAAGGGAAUUCUCAUAAGGUUAGGAGACAAGUUUAAAUUAGAUGAUUGUGUGUGAAAACUGAAGAUUGUGAAUCGAGUGAUUAGAGUGAAAAAUCUGAAGAACGAGAACUUUGAAGUUAAAUGGAAGUUGGACAGUGAGCCUGUGAUUGUGAAGAUAGUUAUGUUUCUCCCUCAAUUAAAAUGUUAUGAGUAAUGACACUACACUCACGACUUUUAAGUUUAAUUUGGUGAAAAUGACUUUCAUUUUUGAAGGAGUUGUUGUUGCUGUCAGUGAAAUAUUGAGACUAAAGUCAGGACACUUGUUUGUGAUAAAUUUACGAAAUGAGGAAAUGCAAUGUGCUACUAGUAUCUUUGUUCAGUUCUCCUUUCAACAUGGCAUAUAUGCUCCACCAGUGGUACAUGAUAGAAGGAGUGGCUUGAUUAUAGCUUUCCAUACAAAAUAAAUGCUUUCAUAUAGGACUUUGGAGAUAUGAGGUGCAUUUAUACCUUAUGGGUGCUGUGUACCACGGGUGGCACAUGAUGUCCAACAGAAAACAUGCAAAUGUACCACUGGUGGUGCAACAUAAUUCAUGUCAUUUUUCUUGGAAAACUAUCCUGUCGAUUGGGAAAGCAUAUGUCUUUACUGAUUUGAUGCCUGGGAUACUGAGUAAGUGUUUCAAGAAGGGAACAUCACCCAGGACAAGUGUAUUAAGUACAACUUCCAAGUCACUUUGUAUUGAGAAAGAAGAAUGGGAAAAAAGUCAGCAGUAUGAUGUGAGAGAAAUUUCAAAAACACUGAAACAGUUAUCUCUAACCAAGUCAGAUGAAGGAUAUGUGCAAAACAAAGAAUCAAGGAGACUUAUUUCAUAUGAGGGAGUGAUAAGUAAUAUUCCCAACCCAGGACUUGGCAUAUAUUGUCUAGACAACAAAAUACUUUUGUAUACCUGCUUCAUGAAAGGAAUAUCUGUGCUACCCUCCCUGGAUGCAGGAGACAAGAUACAAGUGUGUAAUGUUCAUCUGGCUGAUUCUAAGUGCAAAACAAAGAAACUUAUUCUUUGUGGUUUGUCAUCCAUAAGGAUUGUUCAGAAAACAGAAGAAGAAAAAGUGUCUGGGGAGACAUCAGUUCUUGCUUUGUCCUGUCUAGACUUGGCCCAGGAAUUUGGGUUGAAUGUGAACAGCUUUGAUUUUUUAGUGGAGGUAGCUGAAAUACUAGAAAACAAACUCUGUCCUGCAGUUAUAUCUAGAGAAGAACUGUUUAAAUCCCAGCUUGUGAAUAAAAACAGGGCAAAAAGUUUUCUCUUUACUCUUGCUUCAUGCCCCUGCUUUCUGAAUGGCCAUCCAUUAUUUAAAUUAACUCAAAGACUGGUGCUUCAGGAAGUAACUAGUAGACCUCAUUCCUGUUUUCCUGCUUCUAAAGAUAUCUGUUUUCAAAAUAUCUCAUUUCCGACAAUUGUGGAAGCAUUUAAACUUUUAGAGCAGCAAGGAAGUGUAUUUAAAAAAACAAAAGAAUGGGAGUUUGGUUUUGUUUCCUUUUCUUCAUCAGAUACAUCUAAACCACUUCUUUUGAUUGGACUUUUGGACUCUUCUGAAAAUGGAACUAUCUACCUUAAAGACUCUACUGACAGCAUAUCUUUAUUUAUUGAAAAAGAUUGCCCCUGUCAGUGUUACAUUCAUGGCUGCUGUUUCUCCCAUGGAUUGAUGAAAAGAUCUAUUGUUCCGUUAGGUUCUAUUGUAGCUAUUAAAGAUGGUAAGCUAGUCAAAGAAGAGAUUAAGGCUAUGUCAGUUACUAGUGAAACUAGAGAGAUUUCCUGUUAUUUGGUAUGUAAACUAUCAUCUGUGUUGCCACUGGUUGAAGUUCAGAGGAUAGGGCUGAAACAAAACUUUUAUUCUAAAGAAAAGUUUGACUGUAAUGUGUAUGAUAAUAUUAAAGAUACCAUGACAUGUAAAGAAAGAGAACAAAAUGAUAUUGAAAAUAAUAAUUCUGUAUCCUUAACUACUAAUGAACAAGAAAAAAUAAAACAUGAAAUGUCAGCACAAAAACAAAUGUUUACUUCUAAAUCUGGUGUCAGUGAAAUAUUGGAAAAGGAACAAAUAUUCACUUCCAAGUCUGGGGUCUGUGGAAUGUCUGAUGAGUACCAAAUGUUUACUUCCAAAUCUGGGGUCAGUGAAGUGUUGGAAAAGGAACAAGUGUUCACUUCCAAUUCUGGAGUCUGUGGAAUAUCUGAUGAGUACCAUGUGUUUACUUCCAAAUCUGAGGUCAGUGAAGUGUUUGAUGAGAACCAAAUGUUCACUUCCAAAUCUGGGGUCAGUGAAAUGUCAGAAGAGGAACAAGUGUUAAUUUCCAGAUCUGGGAUCAAAGAUGAUUUAUCUAAUAUUUAUGAGAUGCUGUUCAAAAACGAAUCAAAUAAUACCACUAAAUUUUACUUGUAUAUUGCACAGAAUUUGUACAUACACCAUACAACAAUUCCAUUUCAAAAAAGAAUUGGACAUUGGUCAUUUCAGUGCUCAGUAACUAUGAUAGGAGCACCACUUAUAGUGUUCUGUAAUAGACUUGCUACCAGUAAAGACUUCAAUGUAACAAAAUAUACAAAAACAAAAUUAGAAGGAACAACAGCAUUCAGUGACAAUAUAAUAAUUCAGAAUUUUUCCUCUGCCGUGACAGUAUUAUGUAAGGAUAACAGUUCUGUAAAGAAUCAUCUAAGAAAAGCAGUGCUAGAUUUUUAUGAUGUAUCUGUACAAGCAUAUCCAUUAUUAAAGAAAGGAAAUUAUUUUAAGCUUUAUAUUCCUGUAGAAGAUAUACUCACAAACAACUCCCUUUUGGGGAAAAGACAUCCCACCAAUUCUGCUCGUUUGAAAUCAGCUCUUCAAAGUUUUAUGUUUUCUACACAAGUUAAUAUUUAUGGGAAAGUGGAAGUUGAAGAUUUAAUGGAAGAAAGAGAUGAUGAAGGCAUAAAGUUUCUGAACAAAUCAAGUUUGAAUUGUGUGAUUAAUGAGCCAAGCAAGAUUAAUCAUGUUGAGGAUAUACUCUCACCCAGGUGUUCACAUAAACAGAGUUAUAGUGUACAAGGUCGAAUUGUUGGGAAGUGGCUACAGCCAGUGAAGUACUCGGUAUGUCCUGAAGAUUUUAACAUUGGCUUUAUGUUGGAAGACUGUUCAUCAAACCAUAGAGUGUCUGUGUACUUAUCUGAUAUUCCACGGCACAGUUUCCCUUUGGGGUUGGUACCUGGUGCAGUUGUUGAAAUAUCUGGUCUUAGAAGACUCUCCUCUCAGAAAGGAAAUAUUUACCUAAAAGCCACAUCUAUGCUAGGCAUUGAGUAGUGAGAGUGGAUUGGGAGAUUAAUACAGACCUUUAUAGGAAAGACUUCAGUCAAGAUAGCAAAUCAAACAUUACAACCAGGAAAACACCGACACCUUGGAAUUUUUUCUGUAAAGUAACUACUGAUCAGAUACAGUUCCGAACAUUAUGCCAUAUACUUCUUGUUCUGCAUGUAGAAAUGUUUCCAGUUUGCAUUCAUUGUUCAGGAUCUUGGCCAUGUGAACAGCAUUUUGGAAGUGGAUGCAAAGUAGAAGCCAAAGCUCGUGUGUUGGUAGAUGAUGGGAGUGGCCAAGCUAUACUUCACUGCACAGACAAAAAUGUUCAGAGUUUGUUGGAUUUGACAGACCUAGAGUUUGAAAUCUUUGCAGAAUAUGUCAGGACAUCUGAGAAUAGAUUGGACUAUGAUAUGACAGCUGAGAGAGAAAGAACCGACAUCGUUGAGCUAGGAUUUCAGCUUUUGUGUGGGAGUGAGAUUAUCACCCGUCAAGUGGUGUUAGAAUGUUGUUCCUAUGUUAGACCUCCAACCCGGGCUUCAGCGGACGAUAAGGAAGAAGCACGGAGACAUCAGCUACAUCUUUACUGUCUAUCUCUUUCCAAGCCACGGCCUAGAGAUAUAGCUACGGAAUUUUUGAGUCAUCUGCGCAAAAGAAUAUGAGAGAUGAUUGAAGUAGUUUCUGUGAAAACCUAAGCUGUUUUUUUUCCCUUGAAAUAUUUACAUGGAUUGAAUUCGCCUAGUGGUUCCAGUUGUAACUAGCUCCCAGACAACGGCUAGCAGAACGUGUUUUUCUACACGCGCUAAACGAAGGUGUGGGAAUCCGAAAUACGUUUAGUUCACGGCACUCCUCGUUAUUGUGUCUGGUUCACUUUCUCACAAAGAUGGAGAUGUUCAUGUAAUGAAAGUUGGCAUACGCUAUACGGUUAACAUUUCUUUUGUAAAUUGACUUGUACUUUUCAGCUUGGAUAAGACUAAGAUUUAAUGGUAUCUUUUUUUUAUUAUUAUUAAAAUAGAUGGAGAACAAUACUGAGUAAUCAGGUUUUUGUGAUUUUCCAUUAAAUAGAAUAAACGCCAUUAGAGUUCAUGGCGUUUGUGAAUGACCA